ACAGCAACACUCUCUAUGGUGGCAGUUGGAACAGUUUAUGGUUGGACCACGACGAGCCUGUCGAAAUUGAUGUCAAAGGAGAGCGAUGCACCUAUGAGGAUAACCGAGGACGAAUCAUCGUGGAUCGUUUCGUUGACAGUGAUCGGUUCGAUGAUCGGCCCAUUUUUGGGUGCAUACUUGGCUGACAGAUACGGCAGAAAAAGAUGUUUAUUAUUUUCGAGCGGUUUUUACAUAGCCGGUUGGACGAUAGUAUUUUUUGCUAAAUCAGUCUCAGCAUUGUACGUUGCAAGAGUAAUAUUGGGAAUUGGUGUUGGGGUAUCGUACACGACCAAUCCGAUGUAUGUGUCCGAAGUGGCAGAUGUUAAUAUCAGAGGAGCCUUAGGUACACUGAUAGCAGUUAACGUUUUCACCGGAUCGUUAUUGACCUGUAGCAUAGGCCCAUGGAUCUCGUAUCGUACAUUGGUAAUCGUUUUAUUGACCAUACCAAUUCUAUUCAUCGUCACGUUCAUCUGGUUCCCCGAGAGUCCGCAUUUCUUAGCUGCACGUGGUCGCAAAACCGAAGCCUCGAGAUCGUUGGCCUUCUUCAAAGGUAUUCGCGAUCAGGAUGAGGCUAGGAGAGAACUUGAAUUAGCUUUGCAAGCUGGCUCGAACGAGGACUCGAGGGAUAACAACAAACUAGUUUUAGAUAAUAACAAAGUUGUAGGUGCAGGGGCUACUACUUCUUCUUCUAUUUCUAACUCCUCGUCUACUACUGGCGUUAACAAUAGAGCUAAAGAAGAAUAUGGUCUUAAGAUUGUCUUGAAUAAACUCAAACUAAUGUUACUACCAACGAACAGUCGAGCACUUUGUAUAAUACUCGGCUUGAUUGCGGCUCAACAAUUAAGCGGUAACUUCAGUACGAUACAAUAUUUAGAAGUAUUAUUCAAGCGUUCCUCGGUAGGCAUUGAUUCCAACAUUGCUACGAUACUCGUCUUAGCUGUUGGUUUGGUAUCUGGUGCGUGUUCUACGGCAACGGUCGAAGGUGCAGGAAGAAGACCGUUACUUAUAUUCUCGACUAUAGGAUCCUCGAUUACUUUGGCCAUUCUUGCCGUUUAUUUGAUGCUCGAUGCAAGAAAGUUUGACGUAUCUUCUGCUAAUUUUCUCCCGGUCGGUGUUGUUAUAUUAUUUCAAGUUGCUUUUCAAAUAGGAUUGGGUACUUUACCGAACGCAUUAAUCGGUGAACUAUUUCCAACCGAAGUCAAGGGUGUGGCCGGUGCAAUUGUUACUGUAUUCGAUGGUGUACUCGGUUUUGCCGUAUCGAAACUUUAUCAAGUGAUCGGUGACAUACUCGGUGCUUAUGCAGUUUAUUAUUUCUUUUCUGCUUCAUGUUUGUUAGCUUUCCUAAUGGUAACCUUUCUCUUACCCGAAACCAAAGGUAGAACCUUUCGCGAGAUUCAACGAUUAUUGGCUGGUAAUAAUAAUAAUAAUAAUAAUAAUAUAUCGAGAAAAUUAUCGGCAUCUCGUCGAUCUGACCAAUUGGAUGACGUUAAAGCGUGACGGAAGUAUUUGCACCGUGGCAAUCACAUUUUUUUGACCCGGUGCUUUAUCGAAUAUUUCAUUGUAAUAAUGAUCAACAUUCGACAAUCGAUCGAUUUGUUUUUUAACCAUCGUUAUUUAAAUACUCCAUAUUGUUCGUUUGUUAAUAAAAGUAUCUUUUCCAAAAA